UUCAGGAAACAGCAUCAACCAUGGUGGACACAGAAAUGCCAUUUUGGGGCAUGAAUUUUGGCAUGAACACUAUGGACCUGCCCUGUAUUGACGACCACUCCCAGGGCUUUGACAUUAAGCCCUUUGCCACAGUGGACUUCACAAGUAUCUCAGCUCCCCAAUAUGAAGAUAUUCUAGAAGAAAAAUCAUUCUUAUGCCGAAAUGAACAGAUGGACACUGAUUAUAAGUAUGACCUAAAACUUCAAGACUGCCAAAACUUGAUAAAAUUGGAGCCCCCUUCACCACCAUACUACUCAGAGAAGACUCAGUCAUUCAAUAAACCACCAGAUGAAACUUCCAAUUCCUUCAUUGCCAUAGAAUGUCGAGUUUGUGGAGACAAGGCCUCGGGUUUCCAUUAUGGUGUCCAUGCAUGUGAAGGCUGUAAGGGAUUCUUCAGGAGAACAAUCAGGUUGAAGUUAAUUUAUGAACGAUGUGAACUCAACUGUCGCAUUCACAAAAAAAGUCGCAACAAAUGUCAGUACUGCAGGUUUCAGAAAUGUCUGGCUGUUGGGAUGUCCCAUAAUGCUAUCAGGUUUGGACGGAUGCCUCAGGCUGAGAAGGAGAAGCUCUUGGCUGAGAUUUCCAGUGACAUCGACCAGCUGAAUCCAGAGUGCGCCGAUCAACGGGUCCUGGCCAAGCACUUGUAUGACUCAUAUCUCAAGUCCUUCCCUUUAACAAAAGCCAAGGCAAGAGCCAUUUUGACAGGAAGGACAACAGACAAAUCACCUGUGGUAAUUUAUGAUAUGAAUUCUCUGAUGAUGGGAGAGGAUCAGAUCAAAUGCCAAUACUUCCCGUCGCCCUACGUGGAGCAAAACAAGGAGGUUGCCAUUCGCAUAUUUCAGAGGUGUCAGUCUCGUUCUGUGGAAGCUGUGCGGGAGAUCACUGAAUUUGCCAAAAAUAUCCCGGGGUUUGUCAGCCUGGACCUGAAUGACCAAGUAACUCUCUUGAAGUACGGCGUCCAUGAGAUCAUAUUUACAAUGCUGGCCUCUCUCAUGAAUAAAGACGGCGUUCUCAUUGCGGAUGGACAAGGCUUCAUGACCCGGGAGUUUCUCAAGAGCUUGAGAAAACCUUUUUCUGAGUUUAUGGAGCCCAAGUUUGAAUUUGCUAUUAGGUUUAAUGCACUAGAACUGGACGACAGCGAUCUGGCCAUCUUCGUAGCUGUCAUCAUACUUAGCGGAGAUCGUCCUGGAUUGUUGAAUGUGAAGCCCAUAGAAGAUAUUCAAGACACUUUGCUACAAGCCCUGGAGCUACAGCUUAAGAUGAACCAUCCAGACUCUUCUCAGCUCUUUGCUAAACUUCUCCAGAAGAUGACAGACCUUAGACAAGUGGUGACAGAGCAUGUUCAAUUAUUGCAGGUUAUAAGGAAAACUGAGGCCGAGAUGAACCUUCAUCCACUCUUGCAAGAAAUCUACAAGGAUUUGUACUAAAUGUAUGACAAUACCUUCAUGACUUCUACGAUUUGUAGGCGAUCAUCGCUCACAUCUGCAAUAGAUCUACAAGUUUGUGUAGAUUCUUCACUCACACGUAUUCAAGAGCUAAAAGAUCUUGUAUAAAUAAGAUUAACGUCU